AAAAUAUACAUACAGGAGCCAUGAGGCAACAACCACUAUGUCCAGGAAAGCAAGAAUGGCCAGAGCUAGUAGGAGCAAAACCACAGACUGCUAAAGAGAUAAUAGAGAUGGAAAACCCUUUAGUUACAGCAGUAUUUAUUGAGCAGGGUAGUUUCAGAAUCAUGGAUUUUCGUUGCAGUCGCGUUUUUGUGUGGGUAACACCAAAGGCUCAGGCUGGACCAGAGGGGAUAGUUGUCGUCAAAGUUCCCAAAGUUGGUUAGAAAAAUUUAUGUCAGUCGCUAUUGAAAGAAACACGA